AUGGAAGAACAAAUUUCUGAAAUUGAUGAAAUUUGGUUAAAUAAUUUCAAAAAAAAAUUAAAUUCUUGUACAAAUUUAUUAGAUUUAAUUAAAAUUAUAUUUUAUGAUCCAUAUCAACUUAAUAUUGAAGAAUUUAAUAUAAAUGAAUUUAAUAAUGAAGAAAUUAUUAAUAAAUUAAAGAAUUUUAAUGAAUUUGGAAAUUUAAAUGAAUUUGUUAAUUUGGAUAAAAAAUGUUUAGAAAUAAAAUUAUUUAAUGUUUCAACAGUUUUUAAAAUUGGUAAAAAUUCAUUAAUUUGGAAUUCAAAUGUUAAAUUAAAUCUACAAAAAAUUAAUAUAAUUUUAUCAAACAUAUUAAAUAUAUUAAAAUAUACUAUAGAAAAUUUAAAAUACUCUGAAAAUUUAAAAUAUUCUAAAAAUUUGGAAAAUUCUGAAAAUUUAAAUUAUUCUGAAAUAUUAAAUGAAAUUAAUAAUUUAAUAGAAUUAGAAAUUAUAAAUUAUUCAGAAACUAUUGAAAAUUAUGAAAAUUUGGGAAAUUCUGAAAUUUUGAUAGAUUUGGAAAAUACUGAUUUGGAUGUGUAUAAUUUGGAUAAUAUAUUAAUAAUUAAAUAUAUAAUAAAUAUAUAUAAAAGAUUUAAAGAAUAUGAAAAAAUAUGUUUAGAAAUGUUAAAAAUAAAAAAAUAUAUACAAAAAAAAGAAAUAAAAUAUAAUUUUAUUAAUGAAUUUUCAGAAAUUUUAACAAAAUUUAAAAUAAAAGAAGAUAUUAAUAUAUUAAAACCGAAUUUGAAAUUAGAUAAUACAUUAGAUAAUACAUUGGAUAUAGAAUAUUUAACAAUAUGUUGGUCAUUUUAUAGAGAAUCAAAUUGUAGUCAAUUAUUUGCAUUAUUAUGUUAUUGUUUAUUUACAAAUAAUAUAAUAACAUUUAAAAUAUUAUUUAAUAAUUGUAAUAAUUGUAUGUUAUUACAUAUUAAAACUUAUUGGAAAAUACUUUUAAGUUAUAUACCAAUUUCAUUUAAUUUCAAUCAAUAUUUAUUACCAAUACAAUAUAUUAUUAUUAAAAAUACUAAUAAUUUGGUGAAUUCUAAGAAUUUAAUGGAUUUGGUGAAUUCCGAAAAUUCAAUGAAUUUGAUGAAUAGUGUAGAAAAAUUAGAUGAGAAAAUUCUUGAAGAAUUUCUUAAUUGGUGUUUUUGGAGAAUAUAUUUAAUAAUUAAAUAUACAAAUUGUUCAUAUUUUUUAUUAUCCAAAUUUUUCAAAUCUUUAUUCCAAAUCAUUAAUAUCAAUACUAUAAAUUCUAAUAAUAGUUUGAAUAAUUUGAAUGAUGUGAAUAAUUUGAUUAAUAAAUUGAAUUUAUUAAAUUUUUUAAAAUUUAUUAUUAAACAAUAUUUUAUUUAUAAAUUUAUUAAUUCCAAUCAUUUUAUUUCAAAUACUAAUAGAGAUAGAGAUAGAGAUUACGGUAAACACAUUAGUGGAGAUUAUAGUACAGGUGGAGAUUAUAGUACAGGUGGAGAUUAUAGUACAGAUGGAGACUAUAGUAUAGGUGGAGACUAUAGUACAGAUAGACAUGUAGAUUUGAUGAAUUUUUUUGAAUAUUUAGAAUUGGAACCGAGUAAAAAGUUGAAUUUAUUUUGUGAAAUUGAUUUUUCAAAUAUAAUUGAAUGUAAUUGUGAAGAAUAUUAUAAAGAUAAAUAUAAAAUUUAUAAAUUUUGUUUAAAUUGUAAAACUAAUAAAUUAUCUAAUAAACUUAAAACUUUUUUUUUACUUAUUAAUCCCGUAACGGUGCUUGGUCAAGCAGAAAGUAAUGGACCUGAGGGUACUAAGGAUAUUAGUAGUACUACAGGUACAGUAGGACCUGACACCGUAACUGAAGAAAAUACUAGUACUAUCGGAAAGGGAGCUAAUUCUACAGCCAUGGAGUGUACUAGUGAGAAAAAUCCUAAUGAAAUUGCUGUUGUAACUAAAACUGGGGAGUCGAGUACUUUUAUUGAGGAAGGAGAGGAAGUUGGUGAGGAUACUAAUACUGAGGAAACCCCUUCGGGGGGAUUUCUGGUUGGUGGACCAGACACCGUUACGGAGAAUUAUAAAGAAUUUUAUAGAUCAUUAUUAAGAACAUAUAAUAGUGAUUUGAAUGAAUAUAUAAAAGAUAUAUCAGAAAAUUUUAUGAAGGAAAUAAAUAUAAAUUCAUUUGAAAUAUUAUAUUCAUUAAUAAAAGUACUUUUGGAAACAAAUUUUAAAAAUAAAGUCUAUCAAAUUUUUAUUAAUAUUACUUUUAAAGAUACGUCCAAUUAUAAUUUUUUACAAUAUUAUUUCAUUAUUAAUUCUAUUUUUACACUAAUUAUUACUGAACAUGAUUUUUUUCAUCAAAUACAACCAAUCAAUCCUGUAGAUAGAGAUGAUGGAGUUGAUAGGGGUGACGGAGGUGAUCAAGUUAAUACUAGUAUUAAGGAUGAUAGUAGUAUUAAGGUAGAUAGUAUUAGUGUUGAUAGAAAUGUGGAUAUAAAAAAUACAAUAUUUAAAUAUAUAAAAUAUUAUAAAUUGAAAAAUUAUAAUACAAAUUAUUCAACUUAUAAAUUAUUACAAUCAUUUAAUAAACAAUUUGAUAUUAUUAAUGAAAAUAAUAUUAUUAAAAUUAAUUCCUCCGUUACGGUGCCAGGUACUACGGCAACUAACAGUACUAAGGUUAGUACUAAGGAUAUUAGUAGUACUACAGGUACAGUUGGAGCAAGCACCGUAACUGAGGGAAAGAGAGCUAAUUUUACAGCUAUGGAGUGUACUACUAAGGAUAUUAAGGGUAGUGAGGGAGUUGGUGAGGAUACUAAGGAAGCCCCUUUUGGGGGUGUUGGUGGACCAGACACCGUAACGGUAGAAAUAAUAAAUAUAAUAUUGAAAAAUAUAUUUGAAUUUAUAGAAGGAAUAAUAAAUAUAUUAAUAAGAAAUAAUAAAGAAAAUAUAAAAUUAAUAAUAACACCAAUAGAUUUAAUAUUAUCAAUAGUAGAAGAAGAAUAUUAUUUAAUAUUAUUACAAAAGAUAAUUAUAUAUUUAAUUGAUCUUGAACCUAAAGAAUUUAUUAAUUGUAUAUAUGAACUUAUUAAUUUAUCCAAAUUAUUAUCCAAUUGUUCUAUAAACAAUAUUUUCAAUAUGUUCUUUUAUACAAUUUCUAUAUACAAUUGUAAUUAUAUAAUAAUUUUAUUACAAAUUUAUUAUCAAAUUGUUCCCGUUGCGGGGUCAGGUCCAACAGAAAUUAAUGGACCUGAUAGUAACAGUAGAGACGAUAUAAGUAUUAAUAAUAUAGGUAUUAGUAAUAUAGAUAUUAAUAUGGUUAAUAAUAAAGUUAGUAGAGGAUUAAAUGAUAUGGAUUUUAAUAGUAUGGGUGGUGAGGAUAUUGGUGCCGUUGGAGCAAGCACCGUAACGGGCACCGUAACGGAAGAAAUAUUAAAUAUAUUAGAAAAUAUAAUGAAUAUAAUAUAUAGAAUAGAUAUAAAUUGUAAUAUAAAUAUAUUUAAUAAAAUUAAUAAUAAAUUUAUACCAAAAAAUAAUAAAUUUUAUCAUAUCAAACAUACAAAUCCAUUUACAAUAGAAUUAAUUAUUACAAUAUUAUUUAAAUUUUUAGAUUCUAUAGGAUUUUUUAAUAUACUUUCCAAAUUCACUGAUACUAGGGAUAAUGAGAGGGGUACUAGGGAUAGUGAGGAUACUAUAAGGGAUUUUAUGGAUAAUUUAAGGGAUUUUAUGGGUAAUUCUGGUAAUUAUGAGUGUAAUAUACCUAAUUUUGAUUCUAUACUGUCUAAUGGAUCUAUACUAUCUAAUGAGUCUAUACUGUCUAAUCAGUCUAUACUGUCUACUGAGUCUAUACUGUCUACUGAGUCUAUACUGUCUAAUUACGAGUCCUUCUCUAGUGUACAAAUGAAUAAAAUAUUGGAUAGAAUAAAUAUAUUAAUAAUGUUAUCAAAAAUAUAUAAAAGUUUAUUAAUAUUUAAUAAUUUUAAUUUAUCAAUUGAAUAUAAUAAAAUAUUAGAAUUUAAAUUAUAUCCAAUAAAUGAUUUAAUUAAUAUUAUAUUUUCUUCUAUUUUAUUCUAUUGUAAUUCUCAUAACACCAGUAACUAUAGUAAUACUAAUAUUAAGGAAGCCCCUUUCGGGGCUGGUACUAUGGGUACUGGUACUAUUAGACCAAGCAUCGUAACGGGAGAAAUAUAUAAAAGUAUAAUAAAUAAUAUAUUAAAGAAUAAAAUAUAUAAUAAUGAAAUAAUUAAUAAUAUUAAAAUUGUUACAAAUGAAUUAUUAAAUAAAACAAAUUCGAAUUAUAUUAUUCAUAUUCUUAAUCUAUUUAAUUUUAAUAAUGGAAAUAUUAAUAUUGAUUUGGAUACGGUUAAUCUAACUACUAUUGUACCUGGUACUAAGGAUACUACUGGACCAAGCACCUUAACUAUGGGAAAGGGAGCUAAUUUUACAGCCAUAGAGUGUACCUCGGGAAAGGGAGCUAAUUCUAUAGGUACUAAGAGUACUAUGGGAAAGGUAGCUAAUUCUAUAGGUACUAAGAGUACUAUGGGAAAGGUAGCUAAUUCUAUAGGUACUAAGAGUACCAUGGGAAAGGGAGCUAAGGGUAUGGAGUGUACUACUAAGGAUAUUGGUACAGUUGGACCAAGCUCCGUAACGGAGGAAAAAAACAAUUUAUAUAAUUUGUAUAUAAAUAUAAUAAUAAUAUUAAGUAUAGAAAUGAAUAAUUUAUUAAUGAUAUCAAAUAUUUUACAAUUUUGUUAUAAAUUACAAUUUUCACAAUUAAUGUCACUUAUUACUCUUAAUAUUUAUAAUAAUUUUUAUAAUUCAAUAUCUAAUGGAAUUUAUACCAUAGACAAUAGAUACUGCGUAGAGGAUGGAGUAGUAGAUACAGUAGUAGAUGAUGGAUUAGUAGAGGAUACAGUACAUUCACCCGUGGAUAGAGAAUCCGGAGUAGAAGAUGGAAUUAGAUUAAUUGAUUUAUUUGAAGAUAUAGAAGUGGAAUAUAUAAAUAAUAUAAUUGAAGAAUGGGAUUUAAGAAAAAAUAUAUUAAUAUUAUUAGAAUUUAAAGAUAAAAAUAAAAGUACAAUGUUCAAAUUAGCCGAUAAAUUAACACAAAAUAUACCAUCAAAGUUAUCACAGAAUGUAGGAUCCCUGUCACACACUGUAGGAUCCUUAUCACAUAGUGUAGGAACAAAGUUAACACAUGGUAUGGGAUCUUUAACACAUGGUGUAGGAUCAAAAUUUAUAAGUUUAGCAAUAGAAAAAGCAGAAGAUGAAUUAAUAAAUAUAACUAAAAAUAAAUUUGAUAUGUUGGAAAAGUUUUUUUAUAAAAAAACUGAAAUAUUUAAUAAUUCAAUUUUUCCACCAAUUCUUAAUUAUUUCCAUUCUAUACCAUUAUUUCAUCCUAAUUUAUUAUAUUCCGUUACUUCCGUUACGGGGCUUGGUCCAACAGCUACUAUUCCUCCCCCAAAGGGACCUACCAGUAUUACUACAGGUACCUUUGGAGCAAGCACCUUAACUCCUCGAAAGGGAGCUAAUUCUAUGCCUAUGGAGUGUACUAAGGGUAAUAAGGAUACUAAGGAAGCCCCUUUCGGGGCUGGUGUUGGACCAAGCUCCGUAACGGAAGAAAAUAAUUUCAAAUAUAUUGAUAUGUUUGAAUAUAGAAAUUUAAAAGAAUUAACAGUAAUAGAAUUAAUAUUAGUGAAUAUAGAACUUGCAAUACAAUUAAUGAUGGAAAUAUGUGAAUAUAAAUUUAAUUAUCAAUUUUUAAAUGAAUUACGUAAAAUAUUUUCUAAUAUUGAUAUGAGAAUUGUAUUAAAAUUUUUAAAUGGUCUUUUGCCACAUUUAUAUUAUUGUAAUUGGUCACAAAAUAUUAUUUCGUCUAUUGAAAAUAUUUGUCAAUUUCUUUCAUUAUUUAUUAAUUUCCCAAAUAAAAUAAUUUUAGUUAGUCCAUUUAUUUUUAAAAGUAAUUAUAGAUUAGAAUUUUUCAAAAAUAUACCCGAAUUUGUACAAAAUAAUAUUAAAUAUAUUUAUUAUAUUUAUAUUAAAUUAAUUCAAUUUAAAUCCACCGUUACGGUGCUUGGUCCAACAGAAAGUAAUGGACCUACGGAUAGUAUUACUAAGGAUGUUACUGGAACCACUGGAGCAAGCACCGUAACUGAGGGAAAGGGAGCUAAUUUUACAGCUAUGGAGUGUACCUACACUAAUACUAUGGGUACUUUGGAUACUAAGGAAACCCCUUUCGGGGUUGGCCGUGGACCUGACCCCGUAACGGAAUAUUUAUUUGGUAAUAAUAUAAAUAUAAUUAAUAUGAAUGAAGUGGAUAAAACAUUUUUAAAUAUAAAUUCAUUUGAAUAUAUGGAAGAAUUUAUAGAAAUUGUAUUUAAUGUUUAUGAACAAUUUGAAGAUUUUAAUAUUGAAACAUUUCUAGAAUUGGAACCUUUAUUUCUAUUAAAUCAUGAAAAAUAUGUCAAUUUUCUAAUAAAAAUAUAUCAUAAAAUACAAAUAAAUUCACAAAAUAUAAAUAAAUAUACUACUCCUAGAACACCAAACACAACAUUCAACAGUAAUUUGACUCAUACCAAUUUGACUAAUACCAAUUUAAUGAAUAAUAGAUAUAUAAUGUUAAGAAGAUUAAUAUAUAAUUUAUUAAUAAUAUAUCCAGAAUAUAAAGAAUUUUUUAAUUUUCUAUACAAACCAGAUUUGUAUGAUGUAAUUAAAUUAUUAGAAUCAAUUAAUAAAUAUAUACCAGAAUUUAAUCUCUUGAUUGUGGAUAAUUUUGAAUAUUUUAAAAUGAAUCUUAUGAAUUCAUUAACUUUAGAUAAUUUUUUCUUUAUAUUAGAUUCAAUUUCUAAACUUGAUUCUGAAUUUAUCAUCUCUUGUUAUCGUAAACUUGAACUCAAAUUAAGACCACAUUCUAAUCAAUUAAUUGAUUGUACAAGAUUAUUAUUCGAAUUUGAUCUUUCCAAUAAUACUUUAUAA